UUGUUUCACAUAAAAGAUUUUUUAAUUUUUUCAGCCUGUACAUUUAGCUCGAUCUCCUCUUCCGUUUCCAAGCGAAUUCAAUUUCAGUCAUCCUUCGAUACGCUCCGCCCACUCUCAUAUCCGGAUGCCGACGUGUUCGUCAUCGUCUAUUCAGUCGUCGAUCCGCAAUCAUUCGCAGAAAUUUCCGCUCAUUGGCUUCCAGAGAUAAACCGUGGGAAUCCUGUGGCGCAAGUGGUGCUGGUUGGGACGCAGGUCGACCUACGAUGGCAAACCUCAAAAGAUACCGUUUCAACGGCUAAAGGACGGCAGCUCGCCUCACAGAUUGGCGCGGAGUUUUUUGAAUGCUCCGCCCUUACACAACAUAAUCUGAAGCAGAUGUUCGACUCAGCCAUCCUCGCUGCGCUCGAAGGAAGGCGGACAAUCAAAUCUCCUCGUCCUCACUUGCACACCUCACGGAUCAAGCAGGGCUUUCAUCGUAUUAUGAACAUCACUAGAAAAUUUAUUUGA